AUGGCGUCUCUGUGCAGAGUGCAUAAGCGCGGAUUCAGCUCAUCUAAAAUCACUUUAAAAUUUCCAGCUGUCGGCGUUUGCUACGGCCUCCUGGGCAACAACCUCCCGCACCCUGCGGCAGUCGUCGAUCUCUACACCCGAUGCGGCAUCAAGCGGAUGCGGAUCUACGACGCCAACAAGUCCGUCCUCUUUGCUCUGCGAAACUCCGGGAUCGAACUCAUCCUCGGCGUGGCCAAUUCCGAACUCCGGAACCUGGCCACCGCCGCGAACGCCGAGAAGUGGGUCCAGGACAACGUCAGGAGCUUCCACCCCGCGGUCAGGAUCCGCUACAUCGCCGUCGGCAACGAAGUCGACCCCCACGGCAACGAAGCCGCCGUCGCCAAGUACACCCUACCAGCUCUGAAGAAUAUCUACAACGCGGUCUGCGCGGCCGGCCUGAGGGACCACAUCAGGGUCUCGGUCGUCAUAGACAUGCGCCUUCUCGGAAUCUCCUACCCGCCGUCUUUCGGCGCGUUUCGGCCGGAAGUCGUGACUUACAUCAAACCGAUCGUCGACCACCUGGCGGCAGCGAAGACACCCCUCCUCGCGAACGUCUACCCUUAUUUCAGCUACAUUGAAACUUUGAAGUAUAUCAAGCUCGAGUAUGCUUUGUUCACUGCGCCGGGGACCGUUGUCUACGAUGUGAGGUCCGGGUUGUCUUAUCAGAACCUCUUUGAUGCGCAGAUGGACGCUAUGUACGCCGCGCUCGAGAGAUUGGGCCAGGGUGGGCUUGAAGUGUCUGUCUCGGAGACGGGUUGGCCGUCCAGGGGUAAUAUUUCGGCCACCGUUCGGAACGCGAAUAUAUUUUUGAAGAAUUUGAUCGCGCAUGUCCAGAAAGGGACGCCGAAAAGACCCAAGGCGAUCGAGACGUACAUAUUCGCCAUGUUCGAUGAGAACAUGAAGCCAGGAGCCAGGACUGAGAGGUUCUUCGGGUUGUUCAGGCCGAAGCCUCUGAGGGUGAAGUAUACCGGUUUGACCUUUUAG